UCUAAUAAUUUAGAUUACAAGCAAGGUUUCGGUGGCCAGUUCGGUGUGCAAAAGGACAGACAAGACAAAAGUGCGGUUGGUUGGGAAGAUCAUGAGCAGUCGCAACCACACGAAAGUCAAACGGAUUAUAAGAAGGGAUUCGGUGGUAAAUUUGGUGUGCAAGAGGAUCGAAAGGAUAAAAGUGCCGUCGGAUGGGACGAUCAUGAGAAACUGCAGCAACAUGAAAGUCAGAGAGAUUACAAGCAAGGUUUCGGCGGCCAGUUCGGUGUACAAAAGGACAGACAAGACAAAAGUGCGGUUGGUUGGGAGGAUCAUGAGCAGUCACAGCCACACGAAAGUCAAACGGGUUGGAUUUGAUUUAGUGGAUUGUUGGUUAUGA